AAUAUUACGUCAAACGGCCUAAACCAGGAAGUAAGAAAUAUCAACAAUCAGGCCAGAGCGAGAAGAGUGACACGGUCGCCUGUUGGCGUUUAACGUUUUAAAAGGACCUUUAUUGCUAUAUAGUUUAGAAUCGCAGAAUGUCCGUGUUUGGGAAGCUGUUCGGCGGUGGGGGCAAAGGAGGUAAAGGGCCGAGUGCACAAGAGGCGAUUCAGAAACUCCGAGAGACCGAGGAAAUGUUAACGAAGAAACAGGAUUUUCUAGAGAAAAAGAUUGACCAGGAACUCAUUACUGCAAAGAAAAACGGCACUAAAAACAAACGAGCGGCCCUGCAGGCCUUGAAAAGGAAGAAGCGGUAUGAGAAGCAGCUUACCCAGAUUGAUGGCACAUUGUCCACCAUCGAGUUCCAGAGAGAGGCGCUGGAAAAUGCCAACACCAACACUGAAGUGCUCAAGAACAUGGGCUUUGCUGCUAAGGCAAUGAAGUCUGCCCAUGAAAACAUGGACAUAGACAAAGUAGAUGACUUGAUGCAAGACAUCACUGAGCAGCAGGAGCUAGCACAAGAGAUCUCAGAUGCCAUCUCAAAACCUGUAGGCUUUGGAGAUGAGUUUGAUGAGGAUGAACUCCUAGCAGAGUUGGAUGAGCUGGAACAAGAGGAAUUGGACAAAAACUUGCUGGAGAUCGGCGGGACAGAAAAUGUUCCUCUUCCCAAUGUGCCUUCUACUUCAUUACCCUCAAGACCUGCCAAAAAGAAGGAGGAUGAAGAUGAGGAUGACAUGGAGGACUUACAGCGCUGGGCGAUGGAGGCUAACUAGUUGCAUUACUGACACCAACUGCUGUAGAGGGGAAAAAAAGGACUAAUGGAAUAUUGAGUAUGGUUGUUUUGUGUCCGAGAGCCAACCACCAUCUAAAACUAACACUAAAAGGGCAAUGCUGUAGGUUCUGUUUCCAGCCCAAAACCAGAGAAAGGGUACCAUGGCCUUCCAUGAAAAGAGGAAGUUCAGAAGCUGUAUAAAAGCUAUAAACAGGAUGUUUGAAUCAGAAAAUGUCUUUGGCAAUUUCUACCAAAAAGUUAACAUAAUCAGCCCCCGCCCUUGCAUUUGGGCAGUUAUUGUAAUAUCACUGAACUGUUCUUGUCUUUGUGAUGCUAUGAACUUCACUGAAAGGCAAAAAAGUAUGUUUUUAAUACAUGGGCGUUGCAAUGUCUCUUUUUCCGACUUAAACAUAUUUACCAUUUGGUGUGGUCUGGAUGUUUUUAUUCACCUUUACGUUUUGUUUGUAAUUGCUCUUAAAAUAGGAUGGAAAAAUGAGCAUGCUCCCAUGGUAACGUUUAGAACGGUCGAUUUUCGCGAUUGUUAUUCUGAAACUUUUGCUUUACAUGCUUUCCCCCCCCCUAUCAACAUUUUAGUGAUCCCCAUCUCCAAAGCAUCCUCACCAUGUGACCCUUAUUAUUUGAUGUAAAUAUCUAAAUAAUUUAUAUUUUUGCUGUCACAGAAGGUUUUCUUCAUGUUGUGCUAAGCAUUCAAUGAGGGAAAAAUGUAAUACACCGCACGGCUUCAGAGAAAAAUUAUUACCCCCACCCAGUUCUGUUGUCUGUGUCAUUUCUGAAAGGGUUCAUUUUGAAUUGUAUAAGGUAGGGGGAAGAAAUCACCAUAUUAACUGCAGGAAAAAAAUAGGAUAAUGGGUUGUAAUGAUUAGAGUAGUGGAUACAGUAUCAACAUUUUGGGUUUGAGGAUUAGUUGUGGGUUUUUUUUAUUUACGCGAUGUACAUUUUUUACAUAGGAAAAAUAUACACAAGGAUAAGCAUGUUUGCAUUUCUAUGGUAUAUUUAUCCAGAUGAGAAUAUUAUUUGGAAAAUCAUUAAAGUUUUUGAUUAUUU